ACUCCCGUCGGAUCGUCCUCCAGUCUGUGGUCCCAGACCAUAGACUGGUCCUCACCAUAGAUAUCUAUGGGCCGGUCCCAGACCAUAGUCUGGUCCUCACCAUAGCUAUCUAUGGGCCGGUCCCAGACCAUAGACUGGUCCUCCCCAUAGAUAUCUAUGGGCCGGUCCCAGACCAUAGACUGGUCCUCACCAUAGACAUCUAUGGGCCGGUCCCAGACUGGUGGGUGACGCGCCCCCCGGCCAGCCAAUGACGUGGAGGUAAACACAGCCUGCUGCUCUCUCUCCUGUCGGCAAACCUGGCACCACAUGUGAGAGUAAAACAUUGUCAGACCUGGCAACCCUCUUCUCAGCUCCAGCAGGGACAGAGUCCAGACAGACAGCAGACUGUGAGGACGCUCUGCUGCAAUGACAGAUGUGGUGAGGGAGCUGGUGUCCCGGUGCCUGCAGGCCCGGCAGCAGGCGUACUGUCCCUACAGCCGCUUCCCGGUGGGAGCCGCCGUGUUAACGGCAGAUGGCGCUAUAAUCACAGGCUGUAACGUGGAGAACGCGUCCUUCGGUCUGACGGUGUGUGCUGAGCGGACGGCGGUCCAGAGGGCCGUGGUGGAGGGACACACACGCUUCACCGCCAUCGCCGUCACAUGUGACAUCAGAGACAGCUUCGUUGGGCCGUGUGGAGCCUGUCGGCAGGUUCUCAUGGAGUUUGGAUCAGACUGGACCGUCUACUUGACCAAACCAGACGGAUCUUAUAAAGAAACCAGCCUCAGGGAACUGCUGCCGCUGGCCUUUUCUCCAGCCCACCUCCUCAAGAACUGAACACGCCUCAGCACCAUUAUACUCCGUUCUUUUAUUCAUUUAUUACUUUUCUUUAGCUGCGCUGUCUCUUGAAUUAUGUUACAGUAACACUGCACAUUAGGUCAACAAUAAAACAUAUUUUUUCCCUUAAAAUGUUUAAUUAUUGUCAUUAUUAUUA